UCGUUUUAGACAAGUAUAAGUAAACGUGAAGCGCAUACAAGGGUGCGCAGUGAAUUUGUGUUCCUAUAAAGGGAGCCGGCAAAAGCUGCCCUAUUCAGAACUUGUUCGACGCCGACGUCACUAGCUCGAACUUUCGCAACUUUUAUUGAAGUGACAACUGUUAUCAUGAGGACGGUAUUUUGCCUGGUUGCUCUGGUGUUUAUGUGUAAUGGUAUUAGCGGCUUGCUGCUGCCGGGAUUACGGUACGCCUCAAGAGAUGCGCCGUUGUCGUGGUUCUCGAGAGUUCGACGCCAGCCACUUCUCACACAUCGUGUCAUAGAUAUAAAUCAGGAUUGUUUCAUGGUUACGUCUGAAGAGGGGGAGUUAUUCUUCAAGUCACCGACCGAUGACCCAGUGGUGUGCGGUAUCUACAUGAUAUCUGAGCCCGAUAAACGAAUCCAGGUCACCUUCAACUACCUCGACGUGCCCUGCGAUAAUGGGGGACUUGUAGCGUGGAUUGAUGGAUGGGAGUUGAACGGCCAAGUGUGGCCGGCGGAUUCCUGGGAUGAAGAUAGAAUGAUAGAGUCUUGUGACCGAAGACCACAACGUAAGCUUGUUUCGCGUCAAAAUGCGGCUCUCAUACAAUACCGAGUUCCAGCACGGGGAAAGGGCUUUGCUGUCACAAUACGACAUUUGAAGAACACACGACCCUGCAAUCUAAUGUUGUUCGGCGCUGAAGGAGUGUACACGCUACGCAACCACGGCGAGGCCGGAAACUGUUCUAUCAUAGCAAUAUCUCCCACAACAGUUCGUGUACUGGACUUGAAUGUUGGCCAGACGGUAAAACGAGACAUGCUACUAGAAAUGGAGACCGGGACUAUUCAUCGUUGCACAAAGCGUGGCCUACCUGACUACGUGGACAUUGGUGGCGCCAGCGGCCUUGACCACACCCGAAUGGAAGUUUUCGACAGCUUGUGCGGUUUAGAUUCUACUGAAGGACAUCGUCCAAUCUCUAUUGCCUGUGAGGACACUGUGGUUCGACUGGUCUCUACUGGACGCUACCAAAACUCUGUAACCCUAGCCUUUUCUCCAUUGCCUAUGGAACACAUAGAACAUGCUGACUUAAUAUGUGGAUUAAAUGAUAUAUAAAACACGUCGAAAUACAUUGUAACGUGCGAUUUUCUAUAAGAAUAUAUUCUUCAUCCUCGUCCGAUUAGUUUUAGGCCAUGUUACAUGUUUAUAAAUAUACGUCUCCUACAUAUUAAAAAAAACACAGAUAAAUUUUCUAUUAGUAAGCCAAUGUUUUCGCCCUAUUAAAAUGAGUGUAACACGUAAUAAUACUUUUGAAUGUGACGUUUACGAAUUUUAAAUUUAUAUCUCGAGAGAUGUAUACAAAACGAUGGAAUAACUUUUCUCUUUAUUCCAUUCCACACACACUAACUUAUGAAUUAAUAUAUCUCCUUAGAUGAAAUACUACUUACUGAUUAAGAUGCUAUGAUAAAAGAGUUGAAUAAAUAAAUACUAGAAAGCAGUGGCAUGUUUUAUGUGCUUGGAGGAAAUCUUGUAUGUGUUAUGUAAUAGCCCUAUACAAUAUUCUAGUCAUAAUAAUUACAAUGUACUUUACCUAUAUACGAGUAGAUUCUAAUAAAGAAGUUAUUGACU